CGCCAGCCCAUCCGCGGAGUUCCACGUCGCAGUCUUGGCGCCUGCGCCCUGAGAAGGAAGAGAAAGACUGAAGAUGGCGGAAGCAGAUGAACGGACGGUGGGUGAGACCGCGACCAAACCCGGGUUCCUAGGUCUUUCCGAUGUAUCCAUCUCAGAAGAUAUUCCUGUGGAGGGAGAGAUCACGGUGCCAAUGGCAUCUCACUCCCAGGAUGAAGACUAUUCUACGUUAGAUGAGCCUGUUAGAGAAACCAUUAUUCGUGACCUGAAGGCUGUUGGGAAAAAAUUUGUUCAUGUCAUGUAUCCCAAAAAGAGCAAUGCGCUCUUGAGAGAUUGGGAUCUCUGGGGUCCUUUAGUCCUAUGUGUUUCACUUGCAUUGAUGCUCCAGGGAGGCUCCGCGGAUAGUAAAGAAGAUGGUGGACCCCAGUUUGCUGAAGUUUUUGUCAUCAUCUGGUUUGGUGCAGUUGUCAUAACCCUAAAUUCAAAACUUCUUGGGGGAACCAUAUCAUUCUUUCAGAGUCUGUGUGUCUUGGGUUACUGUGUCUUGCCCUUAACAGUGGCUAUGCUGGUGUGCCGACUGGUACUUCUGGCCAGCAUGGGGCCUAUCAACUUCCUUAUCCGGCUUGUCGUGGUCAUUGCAAUGUUUGCCUGGUCCACCCUCGCAUCCACAGCGUUCCUGGCUGAUAGCCAGCCUCCAAAUCGAAAAGCCCUUGCUGUCUACCCCAUCUUCCUCUUCUACUUUGUUAUCAGCUGGAUGAUUCUCACCUUUACACCUCAUUAAACCAGGAUGCAAGAGAAGCCAAAGAGCCCGAGCAGAACAGAAGACUCCAGCUCCGCAUUGGGCCUUUGCCUCCCGUUUCUCCUUUCUUAACUGUCACAGGGAGCCUGGAUGUGGUGAAGGGGUGGAAGUAGAAGUAGAGGGUGGGGGGCAAGAGAAUGCCAAGGUCGUGCAGCAACACCAGCACUUUGGUAAAAAGCAAUUGCUUGGCAGGGUUCGUACUUUGGGUCUCUCUUAAUAUGAUUAUUUCUUUAAAAUACACGUACAACCAAAGUACUGCCCUAUCCAAGGAUUAUGGUUCACUGUGUUGUGUGUGUGUGUGUGUGUGUGUGUGUGUGUGUGUGUGUGUGUGUGUGUGUGUGUGAGAGAGAGAGAGAGAGAGAGAGAGAGAGAGAGAGAGAGAGAGAGAGAGAGAGAGAAGAUGGCUACAGGAAUGCCAUGGUGAUAGAUUGCACAUUGAGUUGGAGACCGAAGUUAAGUUCAGACACCACCAGUUCACAUACAGCUUUCUCUUUCAAGCAUACUGCCUUAUCACCGUGAGGUGUAUUCCUCUCUUUUGGCAAGGGAUGGUGAUCUGUCUUUUUGUCUUCUUCCUUUCUUUUUUCUCUCCCUCUUUCCUUCCCUUUUUGAAUAUCUGGAGGAGUAAGGGGGAGAUUCAGAGAACAUGUGGGAAAGGAAAACACUUUAGUUGAGAUCCAAAUCAUACUCAAUUUGGCCAGGCAUAGUUUUCUUUUAAAAGCACACUUGAAGGACCCUGUCUUUUCUGGACCACAUAAACCUCGCACUGUCUCUGUGCAUCCGUAUAUUUCAGCCGUGCCAUGUGUUCUGACAAAAGCAUGCCAGCCUCUUGGUAGCACGCCAGCUCCUUAUCUUCCUCUUUAGCCCUGAAUGUGCAUGCUGGGCUAUUGGGAGCCAACAUGGAAUUUUCCUUGAGCUAAAGCAAUCAGUGUUGAAACCCUUGAACUUACCCAAGUAGAUGACUUUUGAAAACGUAGGUAGGAAGGUCACUAAUGCACAUUUUAUCACUGUAUGAUAAGCACAUUCUCCUAACUGGGAAGUGGGAUGUUUGGAAGGAAUUCCUCCCUCCUAAAUUGACUCUAACCUGGUGGGAGGAAUCCUAGAAGGUGCAGAUCAAAACCAGGAUGGGCUUUAAAAACCCAUUUGAUAAAUGGCAUUUCAUGUCUUGAUGGCUGCCUGACAAGGGAAUUCAAUGUGGCACUUAGGAUCUCCCAGCUUGUUAGCUGUAGUCUCUUCACAGAAGCAGGAGCGCAUUUUUCACUGGACCACUUCUUGGUGGGGAACAGCAAAUGGUUUCCUUUAGCUGUAGACUGGAUUUUUUUAUAAAGGGAACGACCUCCUCUUUGCCCGGCUUGACUAGUGCUCUUGGAUAUUUGUCCUACAGGGAAGGCAAGGCCUUUCAAAAGCACGUGAAAGUUAGGCUGGCCUGAGAUGGGAUCUGAGUCAUUUGGGGCCUCCUUUAAAGGUGUGGUCCAGACUCCUCUCUUUGGCAACUGCACACUGGACAACCACGACAGGCAAAAAAGCCAUUCCGUAGGAGGGCAUUCGUCACAAAGGCACAGUUGAUUCUGUAGAUGACCAUAACUUAGCCCAUUCAUUUUCUGUGUCAUUGACUUUGUUUAGAAUAGAUUUCUAUUUAAAGGUGAGCUGUAUAUAAAUUUGCACUUUGAGUAGAAUAGUUGGAUUCCCCACAUUAGCCAUAGAUAUUGCCCAGGAAAAUGGUCCCGAGACUGACUGAUAGCAGUAAAGGCCUUGGAAAAUGAACUUUCCUCUUUUCCAGCCCAGUUUAGAGCCUUGCUUUCUCUCUUUUUCUUUAUUCCAGUUUACCCUUAAAUACUUAUAUAACUUUCCAUGUAAAGACAGAUUCAGCACAUAUGUCUUGACCUAGAAGAGAUUUUGAACUAAGUGGAUCCUGACUUGUUCACACUAAAAAUAGCUCUUCCUUUAGAGUUCCUUAUAAUCAGUCCUGACAAUUAUGUGAAUUUAUUUUGAAGGAAGGACUGUUUCCUGGGUCACUGUUUUUUCAAAGGGAAGGAAGGAAGCCUAUUCUGAUACACAUUUUACUCAAAGCCUGAAUAUUUGGUUGCAAACAAGUAAAGCUACUACUUUUUGAUUUUGUCUUUUUGGGUUUUAUCACUUUUCUUAGGUUUUGACAUGUCUUGUUCUGUGUUCACUAAUUACUUAGGUAAAAUGUAGGUGACUUCUAGAACAGGGUGGUUUUUAUUUGCUUUCCGAUUUCAUUGAUUCACUAAUAAAUUUGUUUCUUUUUUUCUUUAGCUAUGAAAGUUAAAAAAAAAAAGUAGAGGUGGGUCAUUCUACUUAGUUAAGUUUCCUUAACAAAUGUGAAAUGCUGAUGCCUUCAGAGCUGGUCUAGUCUCCAGGCCAGACCUCUGGAAGUCAUAACCCCUGUUUGUCCUUUUCCCGAUUGGGCCCAAAGGCAGACAAACUUGAUACUGUCACUGUAGAGCAUGGGGAAGCAAUGCACACAAGCAUUAAUAGUCACUGUUAACUACUCCCAAGGCCAAGAAUGUCUUGUCACAUCCUUUUGUGAUAAGAUCGGACUUGGGAGAGCAGUCAUUUGAUGCCAGCGUAAUUGGAGGUGCAGCUUGGUCUUUCAAAAGGGAUCUGUUGGCCAGCAAGUCGUCCUUCCUCUGAGAAACUUGUUGUGCAAGGUGGGCUCGAUCAUUUGGCUGUUGCAGAGUGCAGCAAGCACUUGGCUGUAUUUCUCACAUCAAAGUCUACCAAAUGGAUGCAGAGGUUUAAUGAAAGUACACUCAGUAAUCAUGCUGCCCAGCAUAAGGAGACUAUUCCUUUGAUCAUUUCUUCCUCCAAAUGGACAGCUAAGAUAUAGCAUUUUUUUUCCCUGAGUAACCUCAAGCAUAAUAGACAUUUCUGUAAAGUCAAGCAAGGUUUAAUGGCCAUGUGUUGCAAGAGCCUGUUAUUUUUUAAAACACUUAUCAUCUUGAAUCCAAAUUAGACUGUUAGAUUCUGAGAGAACUUUACUGAGAAAUCUUUGAGUGCUCUUGGGCUCCCAGGGUCAGAGAUUUAGAGCUAAAAGGGACCUCUUAAAUAGGUCAGCCUCCUCAUUUUGCAGAGGAGGAAACUGAGGCCUAGAGAGGGGAGGUGACUUGCCCGAGUCAACACACACACAUAAAUAGCAGAGCCAAGAUUUGAAUGCAGUUCCCUUGACUGUACUCUUUCCACUGUAAAUGACACAUUUGUAGAUGACAUGAAUUUUAAUUAGAAAUCAAUUAUUUCUAUAAUUAAGAGGAGAAAAUGUACUGCCUUCUCUUCUUUGCAGAGGUGGGGGGCUAGGGAUAUGGAGUGUUACAUAUACUGUCACACUCUGUUGUAUUAGUUUUGCUAAACUGCCUUUUCUUUAACUCAUAUUUUUUUUGUUGUUAUAAGGGGUGGCUCUCAG